CUGUCGAUAGAUGCGACUUAGCGCGGCCAGUCUUCCUCCAACUCUCGGUGGCUUUAGGGGAGGAUGAUGAUGGUGGUUUCGCCGGGUCUGCUCACAAACGUUUCAGGUUUAAUCGGAUUGGCUCCGUCACACCGGAUUGAAAGACGCAAUGGGUUCGGACUCAGUUGCUUCAAGUUUUCUGGGGAUUCGAGUAUCAAUGGGAGAGUCGGUAAUCAUAAGCAUGCGGGUGGGUAUGGCUCGGUGGUAUCAGUAGGUUUCGCUCGUCAAAGUUGGAGCUCUCUUAACAAGCUACCCGAAGAAGAGCCCUUAUGGCUGAGCCUUCUUAGAGACAUCGUCUGGAGCACGAGGUCUCUCUUCUCUUUCAUGGCUGAGCAACCGAGUCAGCUCAAAUACAUAGAGUGGCCAAGUUUUGCAAGCACGCUCAAGACUGCCACACUGAGUCUCUGUCUGGUAGCCGUCUUCAUUGUUGCGUUAUCGUCGGUAGACGCUGCUCUUUGUUACAUAUUGGCUUUGAUCUUGAGGAAAGCAGCCCCAUGAGGAAGGCAGCAUAAGAUUGUCUCUUGUAGUAGACGUGAUAUUGUUGAUGUAGAAAGAAUCAGAGUCUAUUUCGGUAUCCAAACCAAUGUAUUACUCUUGAAGGAAAUCAAACUCUGUUCUAGUA